UGGUUGCGGGGUGGGUAUUUGCGUAGGUAGAUCAUUUUGUGAAGUCUCGGAAAAGUUUUUAAUUUUUAUUGUCUUACGUUAAGAAAAAAAAUCCAAGGAACAAUGUCUCAUCAAACAGGAAUCAAGGCGAACGACGGUUUAAAGAAAAUUUUCGCAAAAUGCAGAGAUGGAAAAAUAAGAGUAUUAAAAGUUUCGAUUGAAAAUGAGGAAUUAUCUUCUUCGUCAUCAUCGAAACCAGUGGGCAAAUGGCAAGAUGAUUACGAUAAAAUGAUAAAACCAUUAAUCGAGGAGAAUCAACCAGCUUAUAUUCUCUAUCGUCUCGAUACAAAAUCAGAUUCCGGCUAUGAUUGGCUUUUCAUUUCCUGGUCACCGGAUACUGCGCCAAUUCGACAGAAAAUGCUUUACGCCUCGACAAAGGCAACGCUUAAACAAGAAUUUGGCACCGCAUCGAUUAAAGAGGAAUUGCACGGCACUGUACCGGAAGAUAUUAAUUUAGAUGGAUAUCAUAAGCACAAAAGAAAUGACGCUGCCCCUGUACCAUUAACAACUGCCGAGGAAGAAUUAGCUGAAUUGAAAAAAACAACAGUCCACACGGAUUACAGUGUUGAAACGAGACAUCAAACAUUGAGCGGUGUCGCUUUCCCCGUGACAGACGAGGCGAAACAAGCAAUUACCGAUUUAGGAAAAGGAAUUCAUGAUUACAUUCAAUUGAAAAUUGACAUUGAUGAAGAAAAAAUUCACCUUGUCACAGCUGGUGAUGUUUCUCUAGAUAAACUACCGACUAAAGUCCCUUCGGAUUCUGCGAGAUAUCAUCUCUUUAGUUUCAAGCAUACUCACGAAGGAGAUUAUAUGGAAUGCAUAGUAUUCAUAUACAGUAUGCCGGGGUAUAAAUGCAGUAUUAAGGAGAGAAUGCUCUACUCAUCAUGCAAGGCUCCACUUCUCGAUCUUAUUCAAUCGUUAGGCGUAAUCAUAGCCAAAAAACAUGUAAGUUGACAAAGGAAAUGAAUUCUUCCAGAAAAAGGUGAGGAUUUAACUGCUUUGAAAAGCUAAAGAAAAUUGAAGGGAAAUUAAAAGAAAACUAAAAGAAAACUUUAAAAAAAAGAGAUUCAAAGAAGGAAAUAUCCUAAAAACUUGAAAAUACAGAACCUUCUUCUCGUUAACGUUUCAAUGACAAACAUAGUUUAUUGCUUUGAUUAAAUUUUAUUCAAAUUCUUUCAUUACCGUCUUGUGACUCGGAAAGUUCUAUAAAAUAUUAUCAAGUUUUUUUUAUUAUUAAAAACCAAGAUUAGCUUUCAUUUUGAAAAUUUCCUAGCAACUUCUUCAAGAAAUAUAUAUUUAAUUAACGAAGUGAUAUAAAUGCUUAUGUAGACAAACAGAAUAGAUUAAAAAAAAAACAAUAUUUUUCUAAAUUCUACGAAGUAAAAUUUCCAUCUAACUUUGAGACGAUAAUAUCUAACAAUUGUAACGCGUCUGUGGUAAAAAAAACAAACAAACAAAAUAAUUCCAUAUUUUAAGAAACUAGUAAACACUAGUAGAACAAGAGUCAGUUUUAUUUUAUCUUUGAGAUUAAGCUCGUGAAUUUUUUUUUUUUUUACUAUUUUUCCUCCGUGACGAAUGGAAGUCGAGUCUUGAGAAUUAAGUCUACUUAGAUUUAUUAGCUGAAACCGCUUGCAUAUUAAUAAAUAUUAAUUAUUAAUUACUUGAUAUUAA